AUGGUUGAUCCGCUUUCAUCUUUUCGUCUCGACGGUAAGGUCGUCAUUCUGACGGGGGCGAGCUCGGGACUCGGGGCCAGGUUUGCUCAGGUAUGUGAUGCCGCCGGUGCAUCGCUCGUGCUCGCGGCCCGUCGACUCGAGCGACUCGAAGACCUCGCGAGCACCCUCACCAACGCCGUUUCCGUCCGCGCGGACUUCGCCAGCGACGAAGCCGCACCGGCAUGCAUCGAGGCGGCACUGUCACAAUUCGGAGCGAUCGACGUCGUGGUCAACAACGCGGGAAUCAGUCGGACGGUCAAGGCGAUCGACGACACGGUAGACGGGUUUCGCGACGAACUUCAGAUCGACCUUGUGGCGCCGUAUGACCUCGCUGCCCGAUCGGCCAAGUGGAUGAUCGAGAACGAGCGACCCGGAUCUGUCAUCAACAUCGCCUCAGUUCUCGGCCGUGUUGCCGGCGGACCACUCCCGCUUCCCGGCUAUGCCGCUGCAAAGGGCGGGCUGGUGCAGCUCACCCGCGAGCUUGCAAGCGAGUGGGCCCGAAAGGGAAUUCGGGUGAACGCCAUCGGGCCGGGCUGGUUCGAAUCGGAGAUGACCCAGGACGCAAUGUUCGACGACGAACGGGGUCAGGAGUUCAUCAGGCGAGGGGCGCCGAUGGGUCGAGCCGGACAAGUACACGAGCUCGAUGGGGCGUUGCUAUUCCUCGCCAGCGACGCCAGCACAUACGUCACAGGUCAAACGCUCUUCGUCGACGGUGGCUGGACGAUCGUUUGA